GGAACAUAUACCUUAACAAGCGAAAUCUGACCCAAACGAGCCACGCACGAAACGGCGCAAAGCUCUGCUCUCCGUCGUCGUUGACCAACCCACCUUCUCUAGCCGCUCCGCGUAUUCUCAGAGCGAUUGGGCACGCUUGCGGUUUGGAGCUUGCGCUCCCCUUCCUACCCAAACCACCACCACCCCCUACACCGACUGUGCGCACACGUAGCAUAAAGGCAACGAGACGUUGCGAGCGAAAAUGAAGCUCGACGUGAAGAGGCAAUUGUUUGCAAGAAGCGAACGUGUGAAGGGGAUUGACUUUCACCCGAUCGAGCCAUGGAUCUUGACGACGCUGUAUAGUGGUCAUGCGAAUAUCUGGAGCUACGAAUCGGGCAACGUGGUCAAGUCGUUCGAGUUGUGCGACGUUCCUGUCAGAGCUGGCCGUUUCAUCGCGAGGAAGAAUUGGAUAGUCUGUGGCUCAGACGACUUCCAGCUGCGUGUCCUGAAUUACAACACCAGCGAGAAGGUGGCCAACUUCGAAGCGCAUCCAGAUUACAUUCGUUCGAUAGCAGUUCACCCAACCUUGCCAUACGUCCUCACGGCAAGCGAUGAUAUGACCAUCAAACUCUGGGACUUUGAUAACUCAUGGAAAUGUGUAAGAACAUUUGAAGGUCAUGCACAUUAUGUCAUGUCGGUAGCGAUAAAUCCGAAAGACACGAACACGUUUGCCAGCGCUUGUCUUGAUCGGACUGUCAGAGUCUGGUCCCUCGGCUCAUCGCAGCCGAACUAUACGCUUGAGGCGCAUGAAACCAAGGGCGUCAAUUGGGUUGAAUAUUAUCCUCACAGCGAUAAACCAUACAUCGUUACCACCUCUGAUGACCGGACGGUGAAAGUGUUUGAUUACACUACAAAAGCGUUGAUCGCAACCCUAGAGGGACAUAGUAGCAACGUAUCUUUCGCGACCUUCCAUUCCGAGUUACCUUUAAUCAUCUCCGGCUCAGAAGAUGGUACAGUCAAACUUUGGAACAGCGCCACAUUCAAGCUCGAACAGACUCUAAACUAUGGUCUCGAGCGUGCUUGGUGUGUUGCUUCACAAAAGGCCAAACAAGCUUGUGCCGUAGGCUUUGAUGACGGAAUGGUGGUCUUCAAGCUUGGAAGAGAUACGCCAGGAGUCUCAAUGGACCCGUCUGGAAAGCUCAUCUUUGCGCGCAAUAACGAGAUACUCACUGCCACUAUUCGCUCACAGGAUGUCGCUGACGUGGCAGAUGGCCAAGCGCUUGUUUUGUCCAAAAAAGAAUUGGGUUCGACGGAGGUUUUCCCUACGUCUGUACAGCACAGUCCCAAUGGGCGAUUCGUUGCAGUCGUAGGUGAUGGGGAGUAUAUUAUCUACACGGCAUUGGCACUGCGUAACCAGUCUUUCGGCCAAGGUUUGGACUAUGUCUGGGCUACCAAGGAUCUCGAUAAAUUUUCUGCUGUUAGACAAUCAUCGACAAGCGUAAAGAUUCUCAAACAAUUCAAGGAAUCUCAGUCACUUGAUGUUGGCUUCUCGGCGGAGGGUUUGUUUGGUGGUGCACUGAUUGGUGUCAAGGGGGCUGGUGGCAUCGGCUUCUUUGAUUGGCAAACCGGCCAACUUGUCCGCCGGAUUGAGGUGGAGCCUCGAAGCGUGUAUUGGAACGAGGCCGGAGAGUUGGUCGCUCUCGCGACCGAAGAGUCUGUCUACGUCCUUCGCUUCGACAGAGCAGCCUUCGAGGAAGCGGUCGCUGCUGGCCAAGUUGAGGAUGACGGUGUGGAAGCUGCGUUUGAAGUUGUCACCGAUGUGUCGGAAGUUGUCACAAGCGCGGCGUGGGUUGGUGAAGUCUUGCUUUUCACCAGCGCAUCGAAUCGCCUGUCGUAUCUUGUUGGAGAGAAAACGUACCCCAUCGCCACGUUCGACAACUCCCAGUUCCUGCUCGGCUACCUUCAACGCGAUGGCAGGGCAUACGUCGCUGACAAAGAUAUUAACGUGAGCAGCUAUGCUCUCGACCUAUCCGUCAUUGAAUUCCAGACUCUUGUUCUCCGCGGAGAAUUUGAGGCGGCCCAAGAGAUCGAAAUCCCCGAGCAGCAAAAGACCAAAGUCGCGCGUUUCUUAGAAGGCCAAGGAUACAAGGAGGAAGCGCUGGCCAUGUCAACCGACCCUGACCACCGCUUCGAAUUGGCGGUCGAGCUUAACCGUCUGGACAUCGCCACGGAGCUUGCCAAUUCAGAUCACAAGUGGCGGCAAGUUGGUGACAGCGCCUUGGCUGCGUGGAACAUUAAUGCAGCUGAGGAAGCAUUUUGGGCGUCCAAGGAUUUGGGCUCUCUCCUCCUUCUCUACAGCGCAACAGGCAGCCCGGAAGGUCUCCGCCGCCUCGUGACAGCGGCGCAAGAGGCCUCGGCGCACAAUGUGCAGUUCGAAGCACUCUGGCUGCUGGGUGAUGUCGAAGGUUGCAUCGCUUUACUCAAGGACACGGGCCGCAUUUCGGAAGCGGUGCUCUUUGCUCAGACGUAUAAGCCUAGUGCUGCACCAGCGCUCGUCAAGGCCUGGAAGGAGUCAUUGGAAAAAGAGGGUAAAGGCCGGGUUAGCAGAGUGAUUGGCGUUCCACCUGGGGCCGAGGGCUUAGAUGCAGACGAGGAAUUGUUCCCAGAGUGGGAAGAGUGGCUACGGAUCGAGAAGGAAGGUGGCGUUAAAUUGGUUGAUAUUGAGGCAGACGCGGAUGAAGAAGAAGAGGUUGAGCCGUUGGAAGAACCAGCUGAGGUGGACACACCAGAGGAGGAAGAGGAAGCGGAGUAGAGGUGAUGAUGGCACCAUAGACGAAACAUUUGGCGUAAUUGGGAAACGCAAAAAGUGAACAACGGGAUUGAGAUGGGGAGUACGACUGCAUUGAAGCGUAGAAUCACAAGUGAAUCCAAUCGAACGGACUGUCACCAGCUUGCAGCAUUGAACGACAAAGGAAAAGGAGAAAAGGCACGAGUGAAAAAAAAC